AUGUCGAUAGCAAAAUCUGUCGCUCGCCAAUGGCCUAGGUAUCUCCGCCGCUCCUCCCCACGUGUUGCACUUCCCUGUGUUCGCUCGGUCCCUGAGAGAGCUCCGGCUCUUCGCCGCGCAUAUGCUUCGAUAUCCGCCGCGGAGCUCAAAUUCGGCCAACCCUUACACGAGACACAUCCGCACAUACUAAACCCAGGAGAACUCACUCCUGGAAUCACCGCUCUCGAGUACGCUCAUCGCCGUUCACGACUCGCGAACAAGCUCCCCAAACACGCCAUUGCCGUCCUUGCUGCCUCGGAGGUCACCUACCGUGCUGCGGGUAUCUUCAAUGAAUACCGACAGGAUUCCAACUUCUUCUACCUUACAGGAUUCAACGAACCGAAUGCGCUAGCUAUCGUCGCAAAUGAUGGAUCUGGCAACAAUCACCUAUUCCACCUCUAUGUGCGCGAAAAGGAUCCCAAGGCCGAGCUCUGGGACGGCGCUCGGUCUGGCACGCGAGCUGCUAUUGACGUCUUCAAUGCGGACGAGACAGGUGAUAUAGACCGCAUUGCGGAGAUUCUCCCGAAGAUCGUUUCAGACGCUACCGAGAUUUAUACCGACAUCCCGGCCUUCAACCCUGGAAGAUCGUCCUUGCACCGAUACCUAUACGGCCCCACUGGCGCGUCGGAGAAGCUCAAGAAAAUCAUUGAUUAUCGUAAAGUCAAACCGCUGCGCCCUAUCCUCAACGAAAUGAGGGCAUUCAAGAGCGAGGAUGAAGUGGUGCAGCUGCGCCGUGUCGGGCAAGCUUCCGGACGAGCCUUCACCGAGGCCAUGAGACGAACAUUCACCAAGGAAAAGGAUCUCGCGUCCUUCCUAGAGUACCACUUCAAGGUCAACGGCUGCGAUGGGAGUGCUUUUGUGCCCGUUGUUGCGGGUGGUUCCAAUGCCUUGAGCAUCCACUACACACGGAACGACGAUGUCUUGAGAAACGGGGACAUGGUCUUGGUCGAUGGUGGUGGUGAGAUGGGCACGUAUAUCUCCGAUAUUACGCGGACUUGGCCAGUCAACGGCAAGUUUUCGGAUCCGCAGCGCGACUUGUACAACGCCGUCUUGAACGUCCAUCGAAGCUGCAUUUCUCUCUGUCGGGAAACCACAGGUCUCUCUUUGGACCGUCUGCACAGCGUGGCUGAGAACGGGCUGAAAGACCAGUUGAAACAGCUAGGAUUCGAUGUUUCUGGAAACGCAAUGGGAGUACUCUUCCCUCACCAUCUGGGACAUUAUGUAGGACUCGAUGUUCACGACUGUUCCGGAUACUCUCGAGGACAAAACCUCAAAGCCGGACAAUGUAUCACUGUCGAACCAGGCGUAUAUGUUCCGGAUGAUGAGCGGUGGCCUGAAAAGUUCCGUGGCAUCGGAAUUCGUAUCGAGGACAGCGUUUGUGUUGGGGACGAUAGCCCCAUCGUGCUCACAACCGAAGCAGUGAAAGAGGUGCGCUCUAGUCUUCGCGGUUCCCAUCGAUGA